AUGCUCAGAAAUUCCAUGAGCAAUGGUGGCCAGCUUCAUUGUGGUGGAAUGGUUUCUAUUAUAGUUGAACAUCUUAGCCUCCACCUACCCAACAAGCCAACCGAUAUUAUUCUGGGCCGCACUAGUCUAUCUAUUGACGUUAUCGAAACCAUGCACCUCUUUCACUGCAAUCCCAACGGGGAUGUUCCCCGUAGACCUCCAACCACCAUUCCUCAAACUCCUGCUCCAACUGUAGGUGCUUCUAGCUCGUUUGUCCCCAUUCCUUUUCCUGAACACAACAUCUACAUGGGCAAGUUUGCACACUUAGACCACCAUUACACGAGCCUAUAG